AUGAGGCAGGCAUUGGGUAUAAUGAUCAACUGGACCCUUGAACAACCCCACACAACCUUAUUAGGCCCUGUGGCCAUGUCAAAUGCUGAUACUUGUGACAUUCGAGAAGGGAAGAAAAAUCCAACCACAGUUCCUGAUGAAGGCGGAGCAAACCGCCUUCUCCAAGGAUCACGAACAGCCCUUUUCCAACGGCUAGUAUUGUACCAAAGGGUACGGGUAUUCUUGUCUAAUCACAUCGGACCUGCAGUGUCCAGUGCGCAGUCUCCGAAACAUUCACCGUACAAGUCCCUGCUACAUGGCAUCAGGUGGGCCCAUGCAGCAGCGGAGAGACGCCUCUGCAACCUUGGGUCAGUGUUUUUUUUAUUGUUAUUUCCCUUGAAGAAAAAAGAAAGUAAGAGGCGAGGAGAGCAACAUGCAACCUGUUCUCAGGACCCUGGUACUUUGUUGGUUGUUUUUGAAGAAUCAAAAGUAACUGUUAAGCGAAACCGGAAGAGGGCUGAAAUUGAACGCUGCGCCACGAAAUUAACUCUUCAGGGAUCCAGUGUUAAUCAUGAAUUGCUUCGAUACCCUUCUUCGGCGAAGAGCGAGCGAAUCAAGACGGACCGCUUAGUGAAUCGUUUGGAUGUCGUUGACGGAGGAGAGGAAAAGUGA